UAUACCCGAGUGCCCGGUUAGCCAGCGCUAGCUUCUGAGCCGUAAGCUAGUCUGGUAGCUGUCACAGUCGAAACCAACUCACCAGAGACGGUUAUCGUUAACUAACUAGCUAGUAACCAACGUUUUCUAUCCGGUGAUUGUCAGAGUCGACCAUGGAUGACGAAAUCCACCCCAGAACCUUGUAUGUGGGGAACCUUUCCAGGGAUGUAACCGAAAUUUUGAUUCUGCAGCUCUUCACUCAGAUCGGGCCUUGCAAAAGUUGUAAAAUGAUCACGGAGCAUACAAGCAACGACCCAUAUUGCUUUGUGGAGUUCUUUGAACACAGGGAUGCUGCGGCAGCCCUUGCAGCCAUGAAUGGGAGGAAGAUAUUAGGAAAGGAGGUCAAAGUAAACUGGGCUACUACUCCAAGUAGCCAGAAGAAAGACACAUCCAAUCACUUCCAUGUUUUUGUGGGUGAUUUGAGCCCUGAGAUUACCACUGAAGAUGUCAAGGCUGCGUUUGCACCUUUUGGGAAAAUCUCGGAUGCUCGUGUUGUGAAGGAUAUGGCGACAGGCAAAUCAAAGGGGUAUGGAUUUGUGUCCUUCUACAACAAACUGGAUGCAGAGAAUGCCAUCAUCAACAUGGGGGGGCAGUGGCUUGGAGGACGUCAAAUCAGGACCAACUGGGCAACACGUAAGCCACCAGCCCCAAAGACUGCCCAAGACAAUGGCUCGAAGCACCUGAAGUUUGAUGACGUACUGACUCAGUCCAGCCCACAGAACUGUACCGUGUACUGUGGAGGGAUCCAGACAGGACUAUCGGAACAUCUAAUGCGACAGACCUUCUCACCAUUUGGUCAAAUAAUGGAAAUUCGAGUUUUCCCAGAGAAAGGAUACUCCUUCAUCCGGUUUUCUUCCCAUGACAGUGCGGCUCAUGCCAUUGUUUCAGUAAAUGGUACAGUAAUUGAAGGACAUGUAGUUAAGUGCUACUGGGGCAAAGAAUCUCCUGACAUGGCAAAAAGUCAGCAGCAACAGGUUGAGUAUGGCCAGUGGGGACAGUGGAACCAGGUCUACAGCAGUCCACAGCAGCAGUACGGGCAGUAUGUGACUAAUGGGUGGCAAGUUCCCUCCUACAACAUGUAUGGGCAAACGUGGAACCAGCAAGGAUUUGGUGUAGAGCAGCCCCAGUCACCGACCUGGAUGGGAAACUUUGGAUCGCCAUCAUCCCAGGCUUCAGCCACACCCGGUUCAGUCGUGUCCAACCUUGCCAACUUCAGCAUGGCUGGCUAUCAAACACAGUGAGCUGGCCCUAAAAUACCUGUUAUACAGAGGGGGCUCUAGUAGUCUUUCUGGACCACACAGCGCUGCUUCUUAUGCACAGCUGCUGUGGUUGAAGAAGGAUGGGGCCACAUUCAUAAAGCCUUUGUAGCAGGCAGUUAUCAUAAAAAGUUAUUUUUUAAAGGACAGUGUUCAUUUGAUUUAAUUGGAUGAUAAUUUAUAUUUCUGAUGUGAUAAAGUCCUCCUGCGCUAAAGCCAAAAAAACUGUCAUUGUGUGUCACACUGUGUAAUUUGAUGUCUAGACCUAUGAAAAUCUCACCUAAAGGAUUUGCAGGGUUACUGCAAAUCUGUAUAGUAGACAAACCAUUUGAUGUGUUGUCUCAUUACACUUUCGGUAAGUUGACCACAGGGCCAAACAUCACCAAGCCAGUGUGACACAUCUAAUAUUCAAACUAUCAGCAAUGUGUGUGAAUCAGAAUGUACUCAUUUACUUUGUGAAGUUAAAAGCACACUUAGUGAAAAAUAUCAGUUUACUCCAGCUGCUCACUGAAACUGGAAAAGGAUAGUUUAGUAAUAUUAAAAAAUUAAUUUAAAAUUAUUAAACUAAAGCAAUAUCUUAUCUCAGUUUGCCAAUGUUUUUUAAUUAUUUCACAAAAGGAAAUUAUUUGUUACAGACAUGUCAAACUGUUUGUUUACUUACAUACAGCGGGUAUUCAUAUUCAUACAUUAAUUCAAAUGAUUUUUGUACUGUGUCCGUUUUUAAUGAAACAGUAUUGUGCAUAAUAAUACAUUAAAUGAAUAUGAUCAGUCGCCACGAAUCAGUAAUCAUAAUUUGAAAUGCACGAAGCGGCGUAAUUGAGACAGCCUGCUCUGGGCUUGACUCAAGCUCGUAACUAAAUAUCCAGUCAUGUUUUCACUCACUGAUGAAAACCUUUUUUGGGGGACGGUACCUUUUCAAGUGUAAAAACAGCUCUGGCUUUAAAGCAGAUUUUUAGCGUGAAGUGGUACAUCUUAGAUAAAUAUUGUGUAAGGAUUUUUUUUCUAGACUGAUUUCAAAGCAAUCAAAUAUUAGUUUGUUUUUCUUGUGAUCUGCAUGUUUUUGGCAGACUUUUGAUGGAUAAUAUUUUACACCUCAUUGUAGCCUCACCUAAUUCAUAAUCCUGUAAUCCAAAGGUAAGGCUAUAGUACAUGUUCCGUACAUAAAGACAAUGUUAUAAAACAUGUCUGAUCCUAAACUUUGUAAUGGCAGCAGACUGUGGGCUGAUUCUGGGGCUGGUUUCGUCGAGGAAUUUCCACAUCUUCAGUAAUUUCUUUCAUCCUUUGUUGACCUUUGCUAAUUUAUACUCGUUUAUUUUAAUGGCUGAAUUUUUUUGCAGAGAUUACAUUUUAGCACAAAAACCAGCCCCUAACUUCAACUUGCUUAAUGCUACUCAGAAUGUUGUGUAUUAAACACCCACUUUUGUAUAGACAAAGCAAUGCUUGAAGCUUACUGUUAGUUCAGAUUGUCAGCUAUAGUAAUUCCACUGAAUAUAGAAUGCUUCCUCUGUAUAAUGGGAGCUUUCUGCCCUUCAGUGCUCCCUGAAUUCUCUCAGUAUUUACAGACUUUUUCAAUGUUUCAUAUAUAAACUAUUUUGCAAGAAAGCCUUGUCUUCCCAUUUGGAUUUUUUUUUGCAAUAAUGCUAUUUUUCCCGGUAUAUUCCACUCCUUGCAAGCCUGUCUCUUUUUCCUAACUAGGUAGUUAAUUAGAUAUCUCUUAUAUCUUAUGUAUGUUAUGUGUUUGGGGGGGGGCUAUGUGACAACACAGGUUUGUAAAUAUAAACUUUGAUCAUAAACCUUAGUGAAAGUACUGUACAUAGCUAUAAACUGAACUGCCAUGAUUUCAAUUUUGGUAAUAUAAUUUAUGAAUAAGCCUCAAGCAAUAAUGUCAACUUUGGCAUUGUUUACUGGCUUUACUGCAGACUAAUUGUUUUUCCUUUAUUGAUUUUCCCAUCUUUACGUUUGUGUGCCUCUUUCAGGAUGUGACAGAAAGCAGUUGAUGUUUGAGCUUGAACUACACACUUUAAGAUAUGUGAUAUAUUUGUUGCAUAAAAUAUUGAAUGUACUGGUAAUUUUUGCUUUUUGCAGUAAUAUGAGAGAAUGAAUUGAAUUUUCCAUUUAAUGGGAGAACUCAAGACACUUCAAAUAAAGAGACUUUUGAACAUA